AUGCUGCCCGCGCUCCUCUUCCCGCUGUCUGCGGCCAUAGACCUCCACGCUUCGAUUGAGUGGCAGAUCGAAGCUUACUCCGCGGCCGCGCCCAGCUUUCUCAGCUCGAAGGCGAUCGAUCACUCGUGUGUCCUUGGUUUCGCGACCAUCCUCGACUCCACGCAAAAGGUGCUCCGGAACGGCACGAACGGUUGGACAUGCAUGCCGGCCAACCCCAGCGGGCCCGCGUCGGAAGACGGCGUCUGGGCGUCUGCGCGCGAGGCGGCGCCUGUCUGCUUUGACGCGGCCGGCCUCGACUGGAUGAAGGGCUGGAUGGCGCGCAAGAAGCCGCUCAUGAAGCGCGACGCGUUUACCCCAACAGCAUUGCCACCAUCAGCCUUUGCCCGCGACUUGGGCUUCGACAACACGGACCCGUUUGUCACCUCAAAGGAGGAGGCGGGCCCGGAUCAGUGGAUCGAGUCGGGGCCGCACCUGAUGAUCGACGCCUUCACCUCCGACUUCUCGCUCGGCGAGCCCUACACCAUGUUUCCGGGCACAGACUUCGCGCACUUGAUGAUCCCCGCCUCGGGCUACUACGGCGAGGAGACGACGCUCUCGCCGGAGGAGCUGCUCGACCUGCUCAUGUCGCCGCCCUACAUCUACAUCCUCGCCGCCCUCGUGCUGCUCCUUGCCUCGGGCGCGCUAGCGGGCGGGCGCGGCGGCAGCAAGGCUGGAACGCAGCUCGCGUGA